AUGUUGUUCGGUCUAUCCGCGGGUCGUGGUCUUCUGCUCUUCCCCCCUCUGGCCUCGGGCCUCGACCGUCGGACGAUGCUAGUCGACGUGGCCUCGCCAAUGGACGGCGCGAGAAGACGAGUUCAACUGGGCCAUCGUGUCUGUCGUCGGUUGGUCGAUCGACUGACCGGUCGACCGAAGCCGACGUUGCCGUCGGUCAACCGACCCGGUUGCCCGGGCCCUCAGAAACCGUGGCUGUACAAGCCGGUCAUGACCAACGUGGCCGUCGUGAGGGCGUCGGAGACGGCGAAAUGCCGGCCAGCGUCGGAGUGGCGUUCGGCCAAGAGCAGUCUCGAGCUGCGCCGGCGUCGGCUCAAAGUGACCCGAAUGCUGAUUGUCAUCAUCCUCCUCUUCGUGCUGCUCGUCAUCCCCUCCAUCGUCUUUCAGGUCCUCGUCGCCCUUGACAACACCGAAUGCGCCCGACGCGUCAUGUCGGCCGUGCACUGGCUCGUCUCGCUGGCCUAUUCGACGAGCAACUUCUUCGUCUACAUCGCCUACAUGCCGAAGUAUCGCGACAUCGUCGCGUGGAUGUUCACGCCGCGCCAAUGCCAGGCAGACGCGUCGGCCUACGAUCUACACGCCGUCCGGCUCAACCCCACCCGGUACCGUCAGUGCUGUGGUUUCGCCUGCGCCUGCACCCUCCUGCCCAGACCGCGGCGUCGUUGGCGUUGGCGUUGGCGCUGGCGUUGGCGUUGGCGUCGACAUUUGCCCACGCCACCCUUUUGGGCUGUCCGUCUUGAGGCUCGACUGCGCGACUGUCUGGCCAGUCUGCUCAUCUGCCUCGUCACGGUCUGCUGCACCGCAUGUUGGACGACGCCACGCCGACAGGACGACCAGUCGGCAACCGCACCAGCACCAGCUCUGCCGCUGUCGUUGCCAUCGCCGUUGCCGUUGCCGUUGCCGUCGCCGUCGCCGUCGCCGUCGCCGUUGCGUCCUCUCGAGGCGCCUGGCAACUGCCACUUGGGCCAGCGGUACCAACCGCCCACGGAUCCC